AUUCUCCUACCCCUCUUUCCCGCCCUUAAGCACCUGCCAAACCCUCUUUAAACCCUCGAGUCAUACUCAAAAUUUCUCGCGUUGUUGGCUUUCUCGCCGCAAUCCGUCCGGGGUAGCCGAGACAGAGGACCCUCGAGCUCGAUUUCAUAGGUUUCAUCUCGGAUUUUGAGGUUUUGGGUGGUGGGGAUUCUUGGGUUGCCUUUGCUUUUGUUUGACCGGAUCUUGGAGUGUGUGCUGCUGUCGUUAGCUCACUGGGAGCGGCAGCAGAUCUGUGAAUCAACCCCCUACAGAACCUCCGAAUCUUGCGAGUCUCCCGGAAAGUUUUGCUUUUGGGGGUGCGAAUUUGGUUCUAGUUUGCUCGAUUUGAGCCGAGGCUUUUGGUGAUUUCUUGUAACGAGAUUUGAGGCGGAGGCUUGGCAGUAGCUGCGGUGGAUCUGCGGCCUACGGCGAUGUCUGCUGCCGACUCCCUCACCUCCGGCCGGGGCCGCCGCGCGGAGCCUCCCCUGCCCCGCCUGAAGCGUGUCCGCGUUUACUUCGUGGACGCCGACGCUACGGACACCGACUCCUCUGGCAACGAGGACGAGCGCGGCAAGCGGCGCGUGCGGGAGGUCAUCCACAUCGACGUGGAGUCCGCCUCGGCUCUGACGCGGUCGGCGCAGCCGCUGGUGCUCCCGAAGAAGCGGCCGCUGCCGUCCCAGGCGGCGGCGGCGGCGCUCGUGCGGCGACGCUCCUCCGGGGCCGGGUUCCGGCGGCGCUUCCCCGGCGUCCGGCUCCGACCGUGGGGCAAGUACGCCGCGGAGAUCCGCGACCCGCACCAGCGGAAGCGCCUGUGGCUCGGCACCUUCGACACAGCGGAGGAGGCCGCCGCGGCCUACGACGACGCCGCGCUCCGCCUCAAGGGCUCGCGCCACGUCGUCACCGGCUUCCCCGCUGAGGCGCCUCCCCCCUGGCCGCGCCUGGGGCUCCGUCCUCGCCGGGAGGUCCCCAAGGAAGCGGCGGAGGGCGCCGCGGAAGAGGACGGAGAGGCCCUCGCAUCGGCCCCGGUCCCGGCGGCAGCGCCCGCGUCACUGGAUUCGCAGGCGGUGGACGGCACCGCCCUGGUCUGCCCGUUCUCGUCUCCAAUCUCUGUUCUCCGUCACGCCGCUGACGAGGCGCCGGCCGCACCCGCCCUGCCGGCGUUCGAGUUCCUCUAUUCGGGGCUUGGGGAGCUCGGCGACCUCGGCUCAGCGACGGCGCCAUCGAAGGCGGUGGCGGCGGAGUUCGACUGCCUGCCGUGGUGGGAGGGCGAGGACUUCGUGACAGUGACAGGCCUCACGGCGUCAGCCGGUGCCGCCGUCAGCGUCAUAUAACGGCGUUACCUUUUACACCCCUCGGUGCUCGGGCCUCGUCGUCGUGCCGUGGCGCCAUUUCGGAUGCUCAGGGCGGGAAACGCGUGGGCUGCCGUGUGGCGGCAUCGAAUCGGAGUAAAGCUAGUACUAGUAUUGUUUUUUUAUUAAUUAUUAACUGACUACUCUGCUAGAGGCUAGAGCAGAGUGGUUGCUUGUGGCGGCGAGUCGUAUGUCUAGGCGUGGCGGGCCCCACUGGGCCAGGCAGGUUCUGCUUUCUGUGUGCGGGUGCCUUGAACCGCACGGCUCUCGCGUGGAAACGCAGCAGUGAACUGUAAUGUGGUGCUAAGCUAGCGAUUAGUGGCAUGUGUUAAUUGGCCGUCAUUAGAACUAAGUAAAUUAGGAGUACUAGGAGUCAGUGUACGUUUACCGUGUGGCAAUGAUCAUGCGAAUCUCACAUCGAAUCA